AUGUCUUCACCGAUCAUCAGUGGGACAAUUCAAGCCUGUGUGCUGAGUGCGACAAGCAACAUCAUCGCCCAAUUCCUCACAGCAUACAGGAACGAUAAAUCUUUUGUGACAGAUUUCAAACCCAUUUUCCAAUUUGUCCUUUACACAAUCCUCAGCACGCCCCCAAAUAUGAUGUGGCAAUACUUCCUCGAAUCCUCCUUCCCCUCAACCUACGCGAGCCCGUCCAAGUCCGCGAUCGACGCUGCUUCAAAAUCCAACGAAGCCGAGCUCGACCGCGAAGAGAAGACCCACGAAAUCACUGAAGAACGGCUCUCGAUCCGCAAUCUCAUCAUAAAGGUCAUCCUCGACCAGACGAUAUCUGCUUCUGCCAAUACGUUGAUGUUUUCGCUGGCGUUUGCGGGGUUUAAUAGGAUGGGGUAUGCAGAUGCCUGGGCCGAGGCGAGAAGUCAGUAUUGGGGACUCAUGCUUGCGGGGUGGAAAUUAUGGCCGUUGGUUAGUUUGGUGGGGUUUUCGGUAGUGAAGAGUGUGGAGGGGAGGAACCUUUUGGGGUCCUUAGCAGGGCUUGGGUGGGGGGUUUAUUUGAGCUUGACGAUGGGUGGGCAGACGGAGGUGAAAGAGCUUUGA